AUGAUGCUCACAGCAGUAAUUCUCAUCGUUACCGGUCACGACUCGCGCUCACGCCUCGAAGUCGGUCGCACCAUCAUCGCAAUCCUGUGCUGCGCCGGUAUUCUUCUAGGGGAGUACAGGUUGCUCCCACAAACCCUGAAAGCGGCCAUACCCGCAGUGCUGUUGACUGGAGCUGCAAGGGCUUUCUGGUACAUGGCUUGCCGUUCCUCACGAGAUGCGCCUGUAACCGCUCGACAGGCCGAUGGCCUCCUCUGUUUCGUCGGUUUGUUGCUAACUACUGCUUGCAUUGUGUUUCGAGAUGUAGACGAUGAGACAGUCGCUCGAUUUAGUUCCGCUUUCGAGUAUAGGUACCUGCCGCUACUGGCCGUCAACCUUGUCGCCACCGCGACAGCCCUACGGGUUGGGAAAUCGUUCUUAGUACCUAUCGACCAUGGAAAGAAUGAAAAGAGUUACAACGGAUACGCCGAUAACAUCAGCGACGUAUUUUCUCUCUUGGCGAUAACGGGAAUUACAGGAUCCGUUUCGGCCGCGAAACUCCGUCGAUCAUACACGUCGUGGCCGCAGUAUACCUUCUUCGUUUUCGUAAUUGCGUUGUUAUCUAGUCGGGACCUGGCCGCAAGACACGGACGCAGAUGGAUAACCAUGUACGAUGCCGUACCGGACGACGUCAAUGUGCGGUCGGUUGAUAGUGAGGAUACCUUUGCAUCGGAACUAUCUGAGGGCUCCGAUGACACGCGCGUCGCGUCUGUCCCCAAAAGGCGGGAUUACAUCUUGUUGCGGACUAUUUUUAUCGUUAUCGCUCUCCCUGGGGCGUGGCUCGCGCACUUCAUUCUAAACUUCUCCCAGCAUGCACACCAGAAGAUAGUUGAACCGCGGCCGAUACUAGACAUUACCUACACUCCACAUACUGACAUUGAAGCCGUCAUAAACAUGUACAAGGAGCCCAUUGAUCAAGUGGCACAUCUAGUUUCCACGCUUAAAAACAUGUCCAACAUAGGAGGAGAUGCGAAAAUACACAUCUACAUUAAAGACAUGGACGCAAACGUAGAAGAAGUACAGAAAGGCACAGGCGCUGACCAAGUAACGCCUUUACCCAACAUCGGACGCGAGGGCGAAACAUACCUGAAGCACAUCUUGGGCAGCUGGGACACGCUUGCUGCGCAAACGGUCUUCCUCCAAGCCGAUGUCCAUAACCCACGCGAAUUGUUUCCUCGCAUACGGAAUUACUUUGUGCCGGGACAGACUGGUAUGCUCAGCCUCGGAUGGUCUGGCCAGGUGUGUAAUUGCGAGAACUGUGGUGAUCGCUUCAACUUGUGGGAUACAACGCAUCUCUUUCCCGAUAUCUCGAACCGCAUCAGCAACAUUACGACAUGCAAUCAAGUGCUCCUUAGUUACAAGGGCCAGUUCAUCGCCUCGGCAAAACGUAUCCGCGGAGUCGACAAAUCCGUUUACCAAGAUCUACACGAUGCGUUUGUGAAUCGGGACAGCUGGGCGCAUCAGGAGGAGUAUCUGCAGGGUCGACCGGACUCGAUGGACGCGCCUGUUUUCGGAUACACAAUGGAGCGUAUGUGGAACUUGCUGUUUCAGUGCAAUAGCAUGGAGAUCGCGUGGAGAUGUCCGAGCUUGUUGAGUGGAAAUAGGGUCGGUGGGAACAUAGAGGACUGUCAGUGCUUUGACCGGGAAUCGUAG